UAGUGAACUUUUAGGUGAUCCAGACAACGGAGCGAUGCGCGUUUACCACUUGAAUCUAUUAGUGCUAAGUGCCGGCCUUUUGGUCCUGCUGGCAAAUUCAAGGACCACGGCGGCGGCCCCCCAGGCGGAUGUGGAUGUACAGCAACUGACUCUGGCGGAUGUAAAUCAGGCAGCGGAGCAGCAGGAGCAGCCGGCUGUUCGCCUGGCCAGGCAAUUUGGAUUCGGAGGCGGCCGAGGAGGAUUCGGCAGAGGCCGCGGAGGAUUCGGCGGAGGACGAAGGGGCGGCGGAGGAUUCUGCUGCGGCGGCGGUGGGUUCCGGAGACCCGGAUUCGGAGGAGGAUUCUACCCACCACCGCCUCCGCCGCCGCCCUUCUUCGGCGGCCCCUUCUUCGGCUAGGUGUUAUUAAUUUAAUGUGCAUACAUGUGAUACGAUCAGACCAGGAUUAGCUGCUAAUAAAUCAACACGAGCUGCUGCUCUAAUUACCCGACCAA